GCUGACAGAGAGCUAGUCUCUGUCAAGUAAAGUUAACCAGAGUUAACUCUCAGUGAGAAACGACACAACACACACUUCUUGUUUACCAGCGACCACUCAACGCCAACAUGAAAAGACCGCAGUGCUUUUAACUUGUCGGGAAACUGUGUUUAUACAUGGACCUGCUGCAUAUUAUCAGUACUUGUUGGAUGCUACUUGAGAAGAUGUGAAAUGAUGAGAAUGGAAGCGACAACGCCGAUGACCAUAGCAUGACAAAGUAGUCUACUUACUCCUGCCACUAUAAUCACCUUGAGUUGUGGAUAUAACAUUUGGUAGGCGUUGCAUUGACAGACAGUAAACAUAUUUGGCAAUCUUAGGAAGGAGCUCUAUUGGCCAUUUUGACAAUCCUUGUGACUUUUGAAGAAAUUGCUUUGAGAGAUACUUUCUGGGGGGCAGUCUACAAUUUGGAGCUUUCCUGCAUCAUUAUCACCAACUGUUCAUCACCCAUAUCCAGAGGGCCCGCAUUUUGUAUGAAGUGGACAGAGCUAUAAUGAAGGUGACAGUGACGUUUGGGCAGACAGGUGUGGUGGUGCCCUGCAAGGAGGGUUGGACCGUGAGGGACCUCAUCCAGCAAGCCACGCAGAGAUACAGAAAACUCCUGGAACAGGAAGGAGAAUUCCUGGUUCGGACUCACCAUGUUGAAUACUGUGAUGGGGGGAUUCUGGACCCUGAUGAUAUACUCAGUGAUCUGGUAGAAGACAAGGACAAGCUGAUGGCGGUGUAUGAGGAGCAGGAAGCCCAGCAGAGGGGUGUGGCUAACACAAGCCUAGCCCCCAGCCCUGACCUCUACCAGUCUGAGCUCUCUGUCUUCCAGCCAAUCACAGGAGGAGAGAUUGAAGUCAAUUCUUCAGCGCUCAAGUCCAACACCCCCCUGCUGGUGAGAAGUAGCAGUGACUCAGCCCUCAGCCCCCAGCCGACAGAGACUGAACCGUCCCUCAAUGAAGACACCUCUGAGAUGGCAGCCAGUCCGGCUGUGGAGAGGCCUGUAGGGGUGGACCGAGCCCAAGGCAAACACACCUUCACUGGCAGCCUGACCAGAACAGUGGAGAUCCUGGGAGAAGACAGUCCCCUGGGAAUCCAUGUGGUACCCUACUGCUCAUCACUCAGUGGACGGUCUCUCGGUCUGUACAUUCGUGGAGUGGAGGAGGAGAGUCGCUCAAGAAAGGAGGGCCUGUUUCAAGAGGACGAGUGCAUCGUCAAGAUCAACAACACCGACCUCAUGGACAAGACAUUUAGCCAAGCCCAGGAAGUGUUUCGUCAGGCAAUGCGUUCCCCAAUUGUCCGCUUGGAAGUAGUUCCCUCCUCCAACAGAGAACGCUUUGAGAAGAGUCUGAUUGGUCAGCUGUUUGGCAACAGUGCUGGUCCUGACAACAGCCCCCGAAUCACCAAGACCAAAGAGCCACCUCCGCCUGUCAAAGCCAAACCGGUGUUUAAGCCCUCUGAGAAUCCAACUACACGAUUGGCAGAGGAAGCUGCCACUCUGGAAGCUGCUGUCAGUACCCCCAAAGGGAGGAGCGAGAGCCCUCUUCUUAAGAAAAGUCCUGCCUUCUCCAGCUUGGUGGCCAAUAAGAGAGGAGGACGAAGACUGAGGAUUGACUUAAAGAAAGGCUCAGAAGGUCUUGGUUUUACUGUAGUAACGAGAGACUCUUCAGUCCAUGGUCCUGGUCCCAUUCUAGUAAAAAACAUUCUACCACGUGGAGCCGCUGUCAAAGACGGACGCCUGCAGUCUGGAGACCGCAUACUUGAGGUAAACGGUGUGGAUAUCACAGGUGUGGGACAAGAGGAGUUGGUGUGCAUGCUACGCAGCACGCGGCAGGGAGAGAGUGUGUGCCUAGUGGUCCUACGGCAGGAAGACAUGUUCCUGCCCAGAGAGAUGAAGGAGGAGAUGUCCCGUGUGACAGGCUUUGUUUUGGAGAAUGGGAAGGAGCAGCUCAUGUUUGAAGUACCUCUAAAUGACACCGGCUCAGCAGGACUGGGUGUCAGUCUCAAAGGCAACAAGUCCAGGGAGACAGGAGAGGAUCUGGGAAUCUUCAUUAAGUCCAUUAUACAUGGAGGGGCUGCAUACAAGGACGGGCGUCUGCGUGUCAAUGACCAGCUGGUAGCUGUAAAUGGAGAGUCGCUGCUGGGACGCUCCAAUCAUGUGGCCAUGGAGACGCUCCGCCGCUCUAUGUCACAGGAGGGAAACGUAAGAGGGACCAUCCAGCUAGUUGUGCUGAGGGCUUUGAAGGAUCAACAUGGUGUGUCACCUAAUCGCUCAUAUGAUGGCUCCUCUGGUCUGUCGGGACUGAUGAGCCCACUCAACGGUCAGACAGGAUUGGUCAGUCAGGCCAAUGGCCCCAUUCACCCUCCCAUGGUGACCAACUCUCUCUAUGCCUCCAAUGUGACCAAUGGGAGUUAUUCUCACAUGGAUGAGGAUGAGGAGGGGGAGCCGUAUGGACAUGAGGAGUUCAGCAGCUCUACUCAACACUCCUACCUACAAGAAAGGGAAAACUGUCACAUUUCUAGCCCGGCUCAGCCCCAGUCUCCCACCCACAGCCAGAACCAGAGCCAGCGGCAGUUCCAGCAUGUUAAAGCCUCCAAGAGCAUGGACCUGGGUACGACUCAGAACCAACAUCACACUGUGGCAGAUGAGAGCAACGUGGGAUCCCUGGUUGGAAACACUGCAGCUCCAUCAAGUCCUGUAGAACUCGGUCCUACCCUUGGCUUGAAGAAGUCCAGUUCGUUGGAGAGUCUCCAGACGGCCAUGUCAGAGGUCAACAGAAAAAAUGAACUCCUCCCAUUCCACCGUCCUCGCCCAAAUAUGGUCAGGGGAAGAGGCUGCAAUGAGAGCUUCAGAGCAGCUAUUGAUAAAUCCUAUGAUGGGCCACCUGAAGAUGAUGAUGAUGAUGGUUCAGAGCCGAGUUCAGGCCGUGACACCCCUGCAAGUAGUUCAUCCCGCCAGGGAGUGGGGGACCAGAUAGAGGAAAAAGGCAAAAAGGACAAGAAAAAGAAAGCAAAAACAAAGAAGAAAGAAAAGAACAAGGGGAAAGGAAAAGAGAAAGAGAAAAAGAAAGCAGAGGAGCCUGAAGAGACAGAGAAGAAGAGCAAGAAAAAAGGAUUUGGCCUUCUGAGAUUUGGGAAGAAAAAAGAGGAGAAGAAGGAGGCAAAAGCAGCUCUGCAGCUACAGAAGUCAGACAUUCUGAGUGAUCAUGAGCUUGAGAGGAUGAAAGAGGAGAGGGAGAGAAUCGAGGCAGGGCAUUCUGAGCUGCGAGAGCGCCGGUCCAGAGACCAGCAAGGUGGCGGGUCCACAUAUCCAGAUGUUGAAGAUGAUGACACAGACCCCAACUAUGCCCGAAUACAAUCCUUCAGAGACCGAGAUAUGGGUUCAGUGCCACAGCCACUGUCUCAGUCACCUCCUUACAGUGCAAUUCAGCACACCCAUGCUCAUGCCCCUUCCCCCGUAACACCCUCUGCCUUUCCAGGGCAUGGAAAUCAUGCUAAUGACCCUGGAGCCAUCCCUAAUGAUGACCACAUUGAUAGGCUGUAUGCUAAGGUCAAUAAACCAAGGGGAGCUGGAACUACAUCUCCUCCCGCUUCUGCCACUGACAGCAGUGUGGACAGGAUCCAGCAACUAAGAAGAGAGUACCAGCAGGCAAGGAGAGAAGGAAUGGUACCACCAUAUGAAGAGCUGGACCCACGACACAGAGGGCACGAAAACGACGCACACAGGAUGCCAGGCAGAGGGACAGAUCCUCGGUUGGCACCACGUUAUGAAGAGGUGGAACGUCAAUAUGCCUCCUUACCAAGACGGGGUCCGUUGGAUCCAGCUGACUACCCCAUGCAGCCCUGGUCUGGUCAUUAUCCCGGACCUCCUCAAGCCCCACAGGGAUACCCUCAGUCCCUGUCCUACCCUAACCCCAACUCUCAGUCUGGUCCGUCUUAUUCUGGCUACCCACCUGGCCAGCCAUACCCACGACCAGGUGACUCUCGGGGCAUCGACCCUGGCUACUACCCCCACCCAAGCUCCCAGCAGAGAGGGCCCUUGCGGCAGGAUGUGCCCCCAUCUCCUACCCCUCCACUUCGUGGUCUACGGUACGACACUAUGAUGCGUGGAACUGGGGGUGGAGGCUACAGACACCUGGUGGAUCCCAGUCCAGACCAAUAUGGCUACGCUGGGGAGGGAGGAAGACAGCAACAGCAACACCAAACCAACCCGAGACAGAAGAAUGCCAUGACUGCAGCUGUGUAGAAAAAUCAAGUCCUUAGAUGAAAAGAAGCAAAAUGCUGAAUGCUUUUUAUUGUGCAGCUCUUCUACUUUCCUUACCACAGUGAAAUAGAGUUGAAUCCUCUGAAUGGUCUGAUUUGAAUCACCAUCAUUUUUAAACAUUGUCUACGCUGUUGAAAAGUAUAUGGUAAUACACAGAAAAGCAAGGUAAAAGAGGUUAAUUAUAGAGUGGCUGGCAUGAUGCAUAAUGUCUUGUUGUUUGAAGUCACUUAAAUGCUUUGAGUCUUCCCAGAGCAUAAAAUUAGCAGUAUACUAUAUAUACUAUAUACCCUAUACUCUGAUUAAGUCGUCUCUUUCAACAAUUGGUCAGAGGCACAGGUAAUUGGAUCCAUUUAAAUUAAUACACUAAAGGCAUAAAUACAGCUCUGCACACUCUCAUAUUGUACCUGGCAGUUUCACUGCCGCUGCUCCACCAACAUGACAAAAAAUAAAAUACCCUAAAAAGUAACAGGUAGUCGUAUGUUUACCUAAGUUACGAAACCGUUCACGAAGAUAAAUAACACCUUUCAGUAUAAUUACUUCUGUGUGAUGAAGCCAACUUUAUUAUCAAGACUGAGCAGUUCAUGUUUACAGAAAUGUGAUUGUAGGACUUUGAGUCUCCUCUUGAUUGUAAGUUGAGAUGUAGAAGAUGUUUGAAAAAGUCAAAAUGACCCUGUGUUCCAAAAUUGCUUGGACAGCAACAAAUUAGUCUGAACACAGAAUUCUUGACUAUGUUAGUAGUAGCUGCUGAAACAGAAAAAUCAUCGUAACUCUAAAUGUAGCAUUAUGCAGUGAGACGGUAUAUCCAUCCACGCCAAAUAAUAAUGAAAACUCUAAACGGGGAGAGUUUGGGCAAUAGUUACAGUUCAUUAAUGAAGUUCUCUUUUUUAGGCCUUAUAGUUUCACUUUGCCGCACAGGGAGAACUCCACUAUGCCAGUCUUUAUGACAGUACAAAUUUUUUCCUCAUGAUUAGUGUCUGAUGAUCAGGUUUUUAUCUUUCUGUGUAAUAAUGUGCUUUUAAUGAUGCUAUGAUUGCCUUUCAUUUUUAUCCCGAAUAUUUCUCUCAGUACAGAUGAGUUUAAAUGCAUUUUUAGUACGGGACUAGAUACAAUCCGAAACCACGUCUGGCUGUUGGAUUACAGCACUUACGAACAACCCUGUCCCUGCAUUAAAAUGAUCCUGGGAUAACAGCAUUUCAAACCACAAUGCAGAAGUACUGAAUCUCAAAUUUAUCUUUUAAUUUCAGAACGUGUUAGCAUUAUUUUACUGAUGUUUUUUUCUUUGAAUAGUUAACUUUAUUUAAAAUGACCCCUACUUGAAUGUAUGAUAAACUUGCAUGGAUUACAUUUCAUCUCUGCUUAAUCCAUGGAGUCAACCUGUUUUUACUGAAUCAUUCCAGCAUGACUGGAGUUUGUGCUCAGUUUUUGUUUUUUUCUAUCAGACAUCCAAUUCAGACGUAAUCCAUUGCUUUAAACAAAAAGCUGACAACCACAUUUUUCAAAGUUUCAUCAGAAUGCUAAUAUCAACCUAUAAACCUUGACAUUCUGGAAAAAGCUCUGUGAAGAAGAAGAUGAUAAUUUCAUAAUAGGCAAUACACAAACCAAAGCUUUUUAAUGCUGCCUUUUCCUCUACUGGGAGUAACUCCUAGUAAUUAGACAGUAUUUGUUUCAAACAUUUACUCUUUUAAAUAACUAAAUUAUUAGGUAUGAGCACACACUGUUAGUGAUAAUGGCACUUGAACCUAAUAGACGGCAAUGUAAAAGAAGUAGGGAAAUGCAGGAAAUGAGCAAAACUCCAGUAAUUGUAGAACAGUUCAUUUCAUAUAAUAUAUCAAACCUCUACAAUGUGCUGUCUUGGCCUAGUAUUUUCAAGCUGGAUGUGGGGCUGAGUUGUUUAGGCCACGCAGAUUUCAGUACUGUGCAGUAAACCAGGCAGAAAAGGUUUUUCAUUUUUUUGGGCAAGUGUUUAACUGACCAGUUGUAGAGCUCAUUUUCACUCUGUGUUACUCAGCAGCUUCUUUCUCUUUGUGUUCUCUGUUAAUGAUGUACCGUAGUUUGGGUGUGAAGGAUGUUCAAUGCGCAUCUCCGUGACCUGGUGGUGUAGGCGUCACUGUGUGUUGAAGUGCACACAAGUCCUAUUGAAACAUGAAUUGGCCAUCAGAGUGCUCAUCUCACUGCUGCACCAUACUGUAUACCCAUUUAGCCACUUACUAAACCAUCAGUUAAGUGUAACUAGGAGAUAGAGUCUAGCUUAACAUUUCUGUGUUUCAUUCUUCAAACCUCAGCAGUAUUAAUUUAAAUGGAGAUUAAAUGUUUAAAGUGACAUUUCAGGAUUUGGGGAAGUGAAUUCAUGUUAAGAUUGAGGAUGAAAUACCACUAAAGCGUGAAUGUUGAGAGGAAUUUGACUGAAACCCAUGCAAAAAGAAUGUGAAGAAGGUGUAGUCUCAAAAACUAUGUAAUUUGCUUGUUUGUUUGAGAAACGUGGAUCUUGCUUAGAAAGAGGAAUGUGGGCCGGCAGGUAGAAAGAAAGGAUGGCUGAAAAGAAUUUAGACAAAAGAAAAUACAGAAAGGAGGAAGGAAAGUGAGGGAUAGGUAGAGAAGCAAAGAAGAAAAACAUUAAACAAAAGGACAGAAAGGAAAGGGGGGUAUUGAUAAAGAGGAAUUCAAGAAAUGAGUAAUAGAUUGUAGGUUUUGAAGGAGGGAGGUGGAAAAAAUGAUUUAAAAAAAAAUGCAGUGCAAGAACCCUAGUGCCUUUGUGAUUCAUACUGGUUUGAUUUAAGAAGAAAAGAGCAGAAGAAAGAAUGAAUGUUCAUAAAUAUUUGGGCAGCAGUUUUUCAGUUGUAGGAGGAGGGUUACAGGAGUGGGCUUGUAUUGACUGAAAGUAGUGAUUCUGGGAAUUACUCACAAAUAUUUGUCUUGUUCAGUCUAUUAUCACUUUUCAUCACCAGCCUGCAAGUCAGACUUCCAAAUCUAACUGUCAAGGUUUUACUAAAAUAUUAUAAGACACAUUUUUACAAAAUUGUCUUGUGGUCAACUCAUCUGUCAAGUAUAGAGAUCUGACACCAAAAUAAUUCACAUGCCCCUUUAAGUCGAUCACUCUUUUGCUCAGUGCUAAUGUUGUAGCAAACAGAAGGUUAGCAGUUUAACCCCCACGAUGGACAGAGACAGAGCAGUGUGUGUACCAUUGCCUCAAACAGGACCAAACUCACAGUACCACAAAUGAUAAAUGGUAGCUGGGUUGUAAUUGAUAGUCAGAUUAAUCAACGAAUCUACCUGUAAGGUGUUUAAAUUAGGACUGAUGGGGAAAACAGUAAAACACAUACGCAACAUGAUAGUGAAGUACUGUGCUGGUUUAUACAACCAGGACCCUCUGGGUGAUGGGUGAUGAGACAUUUCAACUAAUAAUCUACGCUGCUGAGUUCACGUGUGAAUCUGUAGCCCUUAUACCCAAAUAAAGAGUAUUCUGUCCACUUCCAAUAGGUUUGUUUUUAUUACUUUAGAUAAUAAUAGUUUCUGUGUGUAAGAGUGAGCGCGGAGCACCAGAGAAAAUGAUCUGCUGGGGUCACAUGGAUGAUUUUGGCGUGUUGAAUUGAAUGUUUGAAUUGCUCUCCUUUAAGACAGAAUGAACAGAAAAGAGAGAUGGAUGAAGUCUUCUAAACCGUGUCUGAAUGCUGGGUCAGUGCCUGGUGUAGCUUUUUUGAGCUACAUUAUACUGAGAUGUGAACAUUACAUGAAGGUGUAUUACUGUUACUCACGAGUCCCAUGUAUGUAACACUUCACAAGCAUUUAUUUUCUAUGUAUGUCUUUUUAAUGAUAGUUGGUGUUGUUGGUUGGGUAUACCAGAGCCACAGAGUGUUUGGCUACUGUUACCAUGCUACUGUAAGAAAAAGGUACAAUGCAAAGUUUUGAUCACUUUUGUUUUUCAAGGAUUCAAUUCAUGUUGGUUUUUUCUCAGUUUUAAAUUUGCAAAUAACCAGAAAAAAAAGUUAAUUCUGCAAAAAAUGUCUAACUUGCUUUUUCAAAUUGGGUGACACAAACAAGACCUUGUGAUGUAGCGUGGUUAAAGAUAUUAAAAAGCCUGUGUGUAUCACUCUUUGGUUUUUGGCAGUACAGAAUGAGUUGCACAAGAUGAAGGUACUAACCAGAACUCUCUUUUUGUAAAGUUCUGGUACUCCUGGUUCUCCUUUUACAGAGACCAGUGAAUGAAGGAACCAACUAAAUAACCUCUCUGUCAUAGACGUAUAACAUUUUUAUUACACUGCUUGUAUCCAAAAAUCUCAUUUUAUAAUGUUGUAACAAUAACAAUGAUUUUGUUUUCCUGCAUUUUAUAUUUAUGUAUAUAUCAUCUUU